UUCCUUUUAUUACUUAUUAUUAUUAUUAUUAUUAUUAUUUCAAAAUCAAAAGAAAAUAAAAUAAAAUAAAAUAAGCCCACUACUUAUUUUCUCCUCGAAAGCUCCUUAUAUAUAACACAAGGGCCCAUAAGUUCUUUAGAGGUAUAGAGAGAAAGAGAGAGAAAAGCCAUGGAGACUAUGCAUUGGGGCCUUGGAGAUGUUUCUAGUGAUGGGUUACCUCCUCUUUGGAGUUAUCAAGAGAAUGCGGAGGAUUUGAAGCACAGGCUUUUGUGCACCACUCUUGAAUUAGAAUCCCUGCGAACGACCGCAAAAGAAGAGCUCCGAAAAAGCGAAGAGAGCAUUAACAAACUACUCCAGCUAGUGAAGGUGACCACGAAAGAGCGCGACGAUGCGCGAGACCAACUUCAACUGCUACUCUCCUACCUCCAACCCGAAACACAAAAAAUCCUCCCCAAUUCUACCACCAUCACGGAAUCCGAGAGCCUCUCGGGAACCCUGAACCCCCAGUCGUACGCGUCCUCGCCCGUCGAUUCGUUCUUCGAGACCGUCACGUCGUCGGACGACGUUGCGAAUCCGCUAUUAUUGACCGAUAAUAGUAAUACAAAUUCUCAGUUUGCCAUUUCGUGUCACAAUAAUAAUAGUAGUUGUAGUAGUAACUCCAAGUAUGAUCACGCUUCGGCCAUAAUCGAUCGGCUCGCCGCGAAGAAGCCACUGCCGCAAAAAGGGAAGCUCUUGCAAUCCGUGAUGGAGGCGGGCCCCCUUUUGCAGACCCUGAUGGUGGCGGGCCCGCUUCCAAGCUGGCGGAACCCGCCGCCGCUGCAACCACUGCAAGUCCCGCCGCUGGCGAUCAAAUGCCACGGAUCCCCGGGGAUCAAUCGAACGGUUCAGAAUGGAGGCCCGGGGUUCAAUACCACGUCGAUGGUGAAUCUCCCGAACUCGCCCUCAAUGUGCAUGAUGAAAAGGCAAAUGAUCCUAUCAACUGCUGGCAACAAUUAUAACACAUGUCCGUUAUUGGCUUCUAAAAGACAAAAGUCUCAUUAAUUUGCUUCUGUUCACCGUUUCGACUCGCGUGUGUUUAAUUAGUUAGGAAAGGAUAGAGGGGCUCUUUAUUUUGGUUAGGAAAAAAAACUAACUGCCUCUUAGUUUUUCUAUAGAUUGAGAUUGUAGUGUUGUAAAUAGCAAAUCCGUAUGGUUCUUUUUGGGCGUUUUGGAUUAAAAUGUGAUAGCCUAAAUUGCAUUGGAAUAA